GUUAAAAGGACCUACUUGAAAGCUGCAUUGGAUUCUUUCCUUUUUUCUUUCUAUAUUUAUUCAUUAUGAGAUUUGCAUCUCUUAGUUUAGGACUAGCUGCAUUAUUUGGCUUGGUCUUAGUUGGCGAUGCUGCAAAGGCAAAAGAUAGCAAGCCUAACAUCGUAUUUAUCUUUACGGAUGAUCAAGACUACCGGCUCAAAUCUCUAGAUUAUAUGCCAAAUGUGCAAAAGUAUUUGGUCAAAGAAGGCACUCUUCAUAGAAAUCAUUAUGCCACUAUUUCUAUUUGCUGUCCUAGUCGUGUCGGCUUACUCCGAGGGCAAUAUGCGCAUAACACAAACAUUACCGAUGUAUCUGUUCCUUACGGCGGAUACGGUAGAUUUAAUGAACUUAAGCUUGGUGACGAUUAUUUACCACUUUGGCUGCAAAAAGCUGGCUACAACACAAACUAUAUUGGUAAGCUCAUGAAUCAGUACUCUGUUAACAACUACAAUAAGCCAACGCCAAAAGGUUCUCAUAUUUAUAAAGAUCAAUUGGUGGACCCUUACACAUAUGUGUAUAACACUGCUGUCUUUUCUAAAAACGGCGAAGCUCCCGUUUUCUAUAAGGAUGCCUACCAGACAGAUAUCAUUCACGCCAAGGCACGUGCGGCCCUGAAGCGACUCGAAAGCUCCGAAGAUCCCUUCUUUCUGUGGGUUGCCCCCAUGGCUCCUCAUGCACAGUUUAUAAUACACGGUCAUGGUAAUAUAUCAACCAGUAAUGCCGUACCUGCCGCUCGCCAUGCUCAUCUCUUUAAGGACGUUAAAAUCCCUCGAACAGCUCAUUUCAACCCUAGUAAGCAAGCAAAAACAGCUUCGUACUGGAAACACCUUGAAAGACUAAACCAGACCGAGAUUGAUGAGAUUGAUGAAGCCUACAGAGACCGUCUACGAUCCUUACAGGCAGUAGACGAAAUGGUUGGCACUGUCUUUGAAGAACUGGAAAGACAAGGAAAGUUAAACAAUACCUACGUCUUUUAUAGCUCUGACAAUGGAUAUCAUCUUGGACAACAUCGAUCUUACCCUGGCAAAUGCACCAACAUAGAAGAAGAUAUAAAUGUACCUUUCAUCGUCCGUGGUCCUGGCGUACCUAAAGGCAAAGUGAGCGAUGUAGUCAGCUCUCAUCAUGAUUUAGCAUCCACAUUCCUUGCUUUAGCUAACGGAGACGAGGUUGUACCUGAUUGGGUUGACGGGGGUGUGAUUCCCGUCACUCAUAAACUCAAGCAUCACCGAAAGCCGGUUUCAAAAGAAAGCUUUGCCGUAGAAUUUUGGGGGGAUAACGUGAUUGAUGAAAUUAUCACAGGCGCUCCUCAUGGUCCUAAUUUAUAUAAAACACUCCGUGUUAUCUCUGAAGAUUACAACUACAUGUAUUCUGUCUGGUGCACUGGAGAACACGAGCUGUACGAUUUGAAGAAAGACCCCUAUGAGAUGCAUAACUUGUACACAUCUGCAAGCACUCAACUUACCAACCGUCUUGAUGCUCUCCUUGUCGUCCUUAAAUCGUGCCGCGCACAGUCAUGCCGUGACCCUUGGAGAAUCCUUCAUCCUGAUGAUCAUUCAGUAAAGACGCUCAAGGAUGCCUUACAUCAUAAAUACGAUGCUCACUACACUCAAUUCAGAAAAGUCAAACUUGAAGAAUGCUUACCUUACUAUAAUUUAGCAAAUGAGGUACCCCAGAUCGGCGAACAUUUCAUCUCAAACAUCACGCACACCAAGAUUCAUGCUAGACAAGAAAGGACGAGUCGUAUUCCUGAAGAGUACCAUAAAUUGUAUAAUUUGAUUCCUAAGCCUUCUGGUGAGGUUGGCCAUCAAGUGCCGGGAGACGACUUUGAGCAACACGCCAAGCCAGUACCAUCAGAGUUGAUAAAUACGCCCGUUGAUUGGUCCAAAUACAACUUUUACGGCUAUGGAAAUUAG